UACAGGUUGGCUUAUCAUAAAUUGAGAACCUUUUAUACUACGGUAAGAACCUAACGAUUUUCCGUAGCUUGUAAAUGCGUUUUGUAGGCAGUCGUUGAGUAGCCGCAACGCGACGUGCGGUACAAAACCGUAUUCGUACGUAUUAACAUGGCGCGGUGCACAAGCAUGAAGCAUGCGCAGCACGAAGGUACGGUGGUACCUCCUCCUGCUCUCGGGGACCGCCCGUGCGGUGCUCUGUCACCUCACCGGACGCUCGUGGGUGCGGGGUGUCAUCGUGUCGUUGCACUCCCUGGAGGUCAGGGCGCGUCAAUGGCUACAUGUCAGCCGUUUGCCACGAGCCGUUGUGAGACAUCACAUGAGCCAGCACCUGCAUGCGCGCAUGGAGCAGAGUGCUCACCUUCUGGCCCCAGCACUGGCAAGGCCCAAGCUCACCACCAAGGCCGACGAGCUCCCCGAAGCUGUCGUCGUCCAGGAUGCGGGUGCCGCCAUGGCCGGCUUCGUGGGCCUCCUCCGCCAGCUCGGGGACCUCGCACAGCUCGCCGCGGAGGUGUUCGACGACCUGCAUGACCAGGCCACGGCGGUGUCCGCACGGGCGUGCGGCCUCACGCUGGGGGCGCGGCGGCUCCAGGCGGAGCUGCCGCUCAUCGAGGAGCGGCUCCGCCGUCGUCGAUUCCGACAGGCUUGUGUACUUCAUCGGCCAGAAGCUCUGUGUGGCAUCGCAGGCCACGGUGUCGAUCAGCCGGUGACUCUGGUGGGAGGAACAAGGCCGUGCUCCAUCGAAAAGUUCAUCCAGCGAUGCCACGGGCCUCCGCAGCUGUCCAUGCUGGACAAGUAUGAUGCUGGUGGCGAGGGAGCGUGCUUGAAGAGAUACACCGACCCCUCCUUCUUCAGAGCCCACUCUGCACAGCAUGAAAACAAACCAGACAUUCAGAGUUCAGACAUCCAUUCCAAACCUCCUGCCGAGGAAGCCCGCCAUAAAAAAUACUCCAAAUUCAAAACAGGCGCGUUGUCCGAUAUGCUCCGACAACUUAAAUAUCGACACAUCAUCGGAAGAAUCAGGCAUCAAAAGCAAAACUUUCAGAACAAGGAUUCGUCACAAGAUGAAGCAUCUGAAGCACCCGUUUGGCCUUCAGCUAAUUCUCCUGAAAUGUCAGACACCGAAGCGCCAUGCCCUGCAGUACCAGUGAACAAGGAGGGAAGCAGUUACCUCGUCGAGAGGACCAGCUCGUUCGGGGCAUGGCUGUCUCCAGGUGCAGCCUCUACUCGUGCGUGUGACAUCACAGAAGAUAAUGCUGAUGGAUUUGACAGCCAUGGCGCCAACAAGGCUGACGAGAAUGCCAACAUUGCCACUAAUGCUCGUAGCGCCCUUGUCGACUUCAUUGCCUCGAGGGGUGAAAGCUCGCGGAGGAAGCUCUCUGUCAAGAAGCACGAUGACCCAUUAACAGAAUCCUUCCGGAACAUGGCUAAGAAGCUACUACUUGAGAAUGGAUCAACAGAGAAUCUUCUUAACAACAAACUAGUGCAUUCUGAAGACGUACCAGAUCCAGAUGAAAUUGCAUUUUACAGCAAAAGCGCCGAGGACACUCAACAAGACGCAGAGCAAUGUGACCAUCCUUGUGAAUAACCUUGUCGACCAGCUAGCAUCAAUGAAGCAAGUGCCAGUAUCACCGAUCGCAACCCGGAAAAGGAAUAAUCUGCAUAUGCUGGCUACCAAUCAGGUAUUAGCUGUGACGCUUCUGUGCCGGACAGUGAAUGGUGCCAUUUACAUGGACUGCAUGCACCUACCAUACAUCAGGAACAGAAUGGUUGCUCUGUCAAUACUGAAGAUGUCAUGAAGCCGCCGUUGCCGCCAUUCUCCGAUGCAAUGGCUAUUUUCUUUUUCUAGAGAAUAGGCCUUCAGGCCCCACUUUAUAUAGAAGGACAACUGUCGUCAACAUGCUGCUGGCAUUACCAGCUACAUAGUGCAAACAAACAAAACAUUCCAUCCUGAACUUAAAA